CUGGCUGAACCUCCACAGAGAAGCAAAAUGGCCGAUAGUAAACUAACCGAUCACACAGCGAUAGACAGUCAUCAAGAGGAUAUGUAUUUUUUGUUUACAGCUUGAGAACUACGUUUGCGCAAACAAGGGUAGUUGCGGUUUUUUCCCACUUUUUCUACGAUUAACAUUUUUUCGCCUACCGGUGAUGUCAUUUCUUAUUCAAUUUAGCCUUGAAAGCCUCGAAGAACUAGCUCGCUAGGCUAGCUACCUUGCUAGCCUGCUAGCGGUGGGUCUGCAAGAAUACUUGCACAGAAGCACUUUAUGUCCUGUGUGAUUCCCGAGGCAGGAGAAUCAAGAAGGGGAACAGCAGUUCAUGGAAGACAAGAAAAAGAAGAAAGACGAGAAAAAGAAAAGGGAAACCUCUCAGAAGGUGCCAGAACAGAAAAUCAAAGUGCCAGAACCAGCCACGCCCUCCUGUUCCCAGCCGCUCGCCACCCCAGGCUCAGCGUCCCCCAGCCCUGGCCCCGUUUCCCCGUCGUCCCCCAGUCCUGGUGCAGGUGGGGGUUCCGCCCAAGUCCCUCCUGGUGGCGGGAACAAUGCAAAGCAGCGAACUGCUGUGGCCAACGGACAGCCCUCCUCCUCCGCCUCGUCUCCUUCUGGAAGUCAGAGUUCGCAGCAGCAGCAGCAGCGAUACAUGUCUAGAGAAGUCCCACCGCGAUUUCGCUGCCAGCAGGACCAUAAAGUGCUACUGAAGAGGGGCCAGCCGCCGCUGUCCUCCAUGCUGUUGGGGGGAGGGGAAAGCAGUACGGGAGAGGCGGGAGGAGGCAGUGGCUGGGAUGUUGCCCCAUCCUUACAGGGGGCAGAAGGCCCUAAUGCAAACGCCGACGGAAAUACAGAUUCCAACGUGGGUUCAUCCUCCCUGUUACCCCCAACCUCAUCCUCAUUUUGUGUUGCUGCUCUGUCGUCUUCUACUACUACUUCAACUUAUGCAAAUUCCACAUGGGGGGCCAGCUCCAGCGGCCAGUCCUCCUCUCAGGGCUGCGGGAAGGUGUUUAUGGAUGGGACUGACCUGGAUGACUGGCCUAGCAUCACUGCUGGCCCCAAACUGAGUUCUGAAGGGACCGGAGGAGGGAUGCAGGAGCAGGACUGCCCUGGUAACAACAACAGUAGUGCCUCAUGGGGGGAGAGAAACAUGCAGCAGAAGGGAGGGACUGCAGGAGGAGGAGGAGGAGAAGGGAACAUGGACAAUAUCUCCCCACCUCGCUCUUCUCCUCUUUCUUCUUCUUCCUCGCCUAUUGAAUGUGCUCAGCCAAGUGGUGUGUGGGUCUCCUCCGCCGCGACCCAAGUGGAGGUAGGCCAAGGCUCGGCAGCAUCUUACAAUUCCAAAGUCUCCCAUCUUCUUCCUGGGCCUCAGGAGAGCCCGCUGGGUGGCAGCAGCAGCGUCCCUGGUGCCAAUUUCAACCCUAAUGUGAACCCGUCUGCCUGGCCCGCCCUGGGGCAGAGCGGGACCUCCGUUCCGGCUUGUAGCGCCUCAUCGCAACACUCGUCCGUGACUUCAGCUUCCUCAUUCUCUGCCAGCACCACUGUCAUCACCACUCAGACACUUUCAUCUGUGAAUCAAACUGGUCUCUACCAGCAGCACACUGAAACCGCUGUGGGGGCCAAGACUGGAGAACAGCAGCAGCACUUAGGAAAUCCAGGGCCAGAGUCGUGUUCGGACGGGGCGGGGAGGGAAGCGGGACCAAAUCAGGAAGGCGUCAACGAGGGAAACUCUGAGGUUGGUGGUGAAGGUGAGGCGAAUACUUCUGGGUCUCUGUCUUCUUCCUCUGCUGCCUCGUCGUCUUGGAGUGCCAUGCCUCCGGUGACCUCCGAACCUGGCGCUGGUGCCUCGCAGGCAGACGGUUGGGGUGGUGGGGGUACUGGAGCUCAGGGGCAUGAAGGGAACGUUUGGAGGCUAGGUAGCCAGGAUGACAAAGCCGGGUGGGGCAAGGGGAAUGGCGGAGGGUCAACCAACCCAGUUGUAUCUCAGGGAGCUUGGGAAGGAGGAAGUACAGAAGUGAAUUGGGGUGGCACUGCAGAAAGUGUAGGUUCUAUUAACUUAGCAAUAGGAAGUGGAGGAGAAGUGGAUGGAAGCAGCAUCAGCAGCAGCACGGACAGCGGCGGCUGUUUAGAGGACUCUGCCUCGCAAAACUUAGCAACUAUGACAAAAGCUUGGGACAAUCAGAAAGAGCUGGAAGGUGGAGACGGGACAGUCGGGGAGUGGGGAGGCGCGGGAGGGCAGGGUGGAGCUGUCGGAGGCGGCGGGGGACAUUCGUCGUCAAGCGGCGGGGGAUCUGUCGCUGGAAGCGGAGGCGGACAGAAGGAGCGCUCCACGCGGCACCAUUCCGACCAUUCCUCCGAGGCAGACGUGGCCUUACUUAGCAUGCUCAACAGAUCCGACCUGGACCCACGGGUUCUGUCCAACACGGGCUGGGGCCAGACUCAGAUCAAGCAGAACGUGGCCUGGGACCUGGACACCUCAAAAGGUGUAGGGAACAGAAACGAAAGAAACCCUUCAUCUUCCUCUGCAUUCUCAUCAGCAACCAUAAACACUACCACCACCCGCAGCUCUAGGUACCCAUCCGAGAGCGGUUCUGCGUCCAAUGAUGCGUCGUCCGGCAGCCUAAACCCUGGCCCCGCUACACCCAGGGAUAAUUGGGAGGGUGGCGCUAGGCAGUCCAUCGGUGGUCCUUUUAUGCCUAGCAGCACCAUGAGGAAGCCAGGAUCGCCGGAAGACGACAUGCAGAGCAGUCAAGGAAAGGCAGCUGGAGGAUGGGGGGAACCCCCACCCGAAAAAGAGGGCAAAGGAUGGAGGACGGACGACCAGCAGUGGGGAGGUCACAGAGGAGGAAGGAAAAACUGGCAAGACUAUGAACAACAGGGUAGCGGGUGGGGAGAUGGAGCAGAAGACAAAGGAACAGGGGGGUGGAAGGGAUCUACAAGAGGAGAAACAGGCGGUUGGGGAGAGGAAUGGGGCAAGAAAGACUCGGCUUCUGGAGCCGGAUGGGGAGACGGGAGGAGGAGAGUGGGAAGCAACUCUGACGAGGGAUCCUCCUGGGGAAACCUGGACGAAGGGGGAUCUCAGCGAAGAGGGUGGGGCAGUGGAGGAGAUGUGGGUGGAGGCAAAUCCCACCAGGACUGGGGGGGCGCCAAACCCAACGCAGCACAGAUACCAAACAGCCAAGCGGCACCAACGAAAGCCCAAAAUCAUCAUCAUCAACAACAGCAGCAGCAGCAAUCACCGGAGGGGUGGAACAGCCAGCCGAGCGUCGGAGGCGGAGCUCAACUUUCAAAGAACCAGAACCAAAGUUUGGGGUGGACUUCUGGCCCAAUUCCUCAAAUCUCCGGGGGCGCGGGGGACCCACUGGAGCCCAGCGGCUGGGAGGAACCGUCGCCUCAGUCUAUAAGCCGGAAGAUGGAGAUCGACGAUGGCACAUCAGCCUGGGGGGACCCAACACGCUACAACAACAAGAAUGUCAACCUGUGGGACAAGAACAGCACCGCGCCGGGGUCCAAUCAAGGUCCACAAGGUCCGCCGCCAGCAAUGCCACCACAACCUCCGAGACGGCAGCACAGCGUCAACUCCAAUCCUGGCAGUGGGGCCGUGGGCAUGUGGGGGGGAGCUGCACAAAGCGUGGAUGAUGGUACAGCGACUUGGAGCCAGGCGUCAGACGCUGCGACCGGCUGGAGAGAACCGGACGAUUCCAGCAAAUCAUCUGGCUGGAGGAACCCUUCACCCAACCCCAGCAAACCUGGAGUGAAGUCAGUGGACAGCUGGGGCGGGAAGGGCGACGGCUCCAUCGCCGCGUCCCGGCACCCGAGCUGGGAGGACGACGAGGACGGCGGCGGCGGCGGUGUCUGGAGCGGCGCGGGUUCUCAGGGAAGCGGCUCGUCGUUUAACUCUGGAGGCUGGGGUCAGAGUCAUGCUGGGAAGAGAGGAAACAUCAAGGUUAGGAAUGAGAGUGGAGGAGGCGACAGCUGGAUGAAUCCAGUAUCUCGCCAGUUUUCCAACAUGGGUCUUCUGGGUGAUGACCCAGGCGUGGAAAAAAAGAUGGACGGGGACAAGAGAGGAAUAAAUGACUACAAUGGAGAGAUGCGAAGAGGAGGGCGAAGCGGAGGAGGAGGGUACCGCAUGCCUAGUUCCAAAGACUUGGGCCCUGGUGACAUGGGACCCUAUGGUGACAAGAUGGGAGGCCAUGGAGUGUUUGUUGCAGGUGGAGGAGGGAUGUCUCAGCCUCGAGGGAUGCACCAGCCUGGCAUGCAUUCGAUGAACUCGUCCCCAGGGUUACGGGCUCAAGUGCCUCAUCAGUUCCUUUCUGCUCCGGUGCCGGGUCCCAUUCUGAAGCAGAUGCCCUCUCCUGGCGGCAGCGUAGGGGGAGUGGGAGUGGGAGGUGUCGGCGGCGUUGGAAGUGUCGGCGGGGUUGGCGGAGGAGUGUUCCCGCCUCAGAUUUCCCCGCAGCAGCUUGCAGUGCUCAGCAACAUUUACCCCCACAUGCAGCAGUUCCAUCUGGCUUGUCAGCUGCUACUACAGCAGCAGCAGCAACAGCAGGUCCUGCAGAACCAGAGGAAGUUCCCCCAACCUCAGCCUCUCAGACAACAGACAGCAGACCCGCAGCAGCUGGCGAGGAUCAUGGCGAUUCUCCAGCAGAGGCAGCAGCAGGUUGGAGCUGGAGGAGCAACACCUGGAGGAGGGAACUCCAAGCUGUCCCCCUCUCACCUGGGAGGAGGCGUGUCCAAACAAUCCAUGGUAGACCCCCUCCCACACACUGGAAUGGGGGGUCCCUUAUCAGAUCUUCAUGCCAAAUCACAAGGAAUGUAUUCUGGGCUCACAGCUGGUGGCAACCUGUCGACACUAGAACUCAGCCCCAUGAUGGGGGGCAUGAAGGACAUGAGUGGACAACAGUCCCGCUUUAAAUGGAUGAUGGAGGGACAUUCCCCUGCUCCGUCUCCUCCAGACACAGCCCUUCACAAGAACGGCCCUAUACCCAGUACGAUAAAGGUUCGAGGGGGGUCUCCGUACUCCCAGUAUGAAAUGCUGGGGAGUGAAGGGUUAGGGAUCCCACCUCAGGGCUCUGCAGACAGCUGGCACCGAACUCCUGGUAGUAAAAUGGGAAACAAACCUGCCACUUCAAGCUGGCCUCCAGAGUUCCAGCCCGGUGUGCCAUGGAAAGGAAUCCAGAGCACUGGGGACCCAGAGUCUGACCCCUACAUGACCCCUGGAAGAGUCCUCGGCUCCCCGGCGUCCCCAAAUCUCAAUGAUCCGGACCACCCAUUACUACGAGACAACAUAGGGCCAAAUCCCUCCCUCAACACCUCGCUGCCUUCACCUGGUGCCUGGCCCUACAGUGCCUCAGACAGCCCCCUCAGCAAUGCACACAGCACAGGAAAGUACUCUGAGUACAAGCCCAGCUGGCCUCCAGAGCCCAUCGGACAAAACAAAUUAUGGAAGACCAAUCGCAGCAGCUCGCAGCUGCCGCGUCCCCCUCCUGGCCUGACCAAUCAGAAGCAGGCCUCGCCCUCCCCGUGGGGAACUGGAGGUCCGCGGUUGGCUCGGAGCUGGGGAGGGAUGAAUCAAGAGUCAAGAUUUGGGUCAGGUUCAGCUUGGAGUGAUGGGACCUCGAGAAGCAGCUGCUGGCUGCUGCUGAGAAACCUGACCCCUCAGAUUGACGGCUCUACGCUGAGGACUAUCUGUAUGCAGCACGGCCCCCUGCUGACCUUUCACCUGGGCCUAACCCAGGGCAGCGCUCUGGUUCGAUAUAACAGCCGGCAGGAGGCGGCCAAGGCUCAGGGUGCUCUUCACAUGUGUGUUCUGGGAAACACCACCAUCCUGGCUGAGUUUGUGAGUGAAGAAGAGGUUGCACGCUAUUUUGCACAUUCCCAGGCUGAAGGGGCCGGCUCGGGAGGAGUGGCGGGCAACGGAGCGCCCGGUUCAUCUGGAACGGGCGCGGCCGUGGCCAGCAGUGGCGGCAGCUCCCCCGGGAGUGAGAGGCCGGCGGUGGGCUCGUCUUCAGGUGGAAACGGAAAUGGCGCCGGCGGAGGGGAAAGGUCGUCCGGCUCUGGAUGGCAGAGUCUCGACGGUACGGGCGCGUCUUCGGAAGCGUCUUCGGCCCAAGGACCGGGGCUCGCGAUAUUCUCCCAGUGGAGCACCAACGGGGCCGGGGAAGGAGGCGUCGGCGGGGUGGAGAGCGGGCGGUCUGGGCUGUGGGGUGGCAUAAACGCAGGAUACCCGAGCAGCAGCCUGUGGGGAGCACCUCAAAUGGAGGAAAGGCACCAAAUGGACAGCUCCGCCGGACUGUUGCCUGGCGACCUGCUGGGCGGGGGGGCCGACUCCAUCUGAUGAAUGAGUACGAUCGGAUUCGAACACACUGAUAGGGCAUACACUGGGAUACAUAUGUACUUAAUAUGGCACACAUAUUUACAUGGUAUGCAUAUUGAUGUACUGAAUACAUACCCGUGCGUACAUAUACUAGUAUGCAUAUUAACGUGCACACACUUAAAGCAGAAAUGUGAGACAUGCUUACACACAUUCUCAUGGCCAGACUUAAGCUAUUAUAUAUAUAAAAAAAACAAAAACAAAUGCAGGGACUGUUAGAUGUGUAUUCAGCCUUUUUUUCCACACAUGAAGAUUUCAACUGCUUAGACUUGAAACCUGAAAAAGAAUGAAAAAGAAGAAAGGAAAAAAAGAAAGUCAGUGAGUCUUAAAGACUCGACUGGAUCACAAUGUGCUUAGUAAGUAGGGGGACUUUUUAACCGAUUUACAUGAACAUGCACACACCAAAUACAGAGAAGCCUUCAGACAGACAGGCACUGUAAACAGCAUUACCUUCAUCAUUAUAAGAGAACACUGAGGAGCGCAGUUUGUAUUCACAUCCCCUUAAAGACAGAGAUUGAAUCCAAACACAUGCAAAACGGCUCUGAUCCAGAUCAGGGCUGUAUCUUACUGUGUAUGUUAAGUUUGUUUUUGUUGUUGUUUUUCUUUUAUUCUUGUUUCGUUUGGAUGUAUGAUUUUAAUUUUUGAAUAGUGAAAUUUUGAAAGAAAAGAGAAAAAAAAAAAAACUAGAAAAAAAAAGUCAUCGAUCCGUUUUCAAAAAUGCUGACCUCCUACUGUUGUAUCUCACGCACUCUUUUGUUUUUUGUUUUCUGUUAUUCGUUCUUGGACAUGUUUGUUACUGUUGCAGUGAUACAUGUUUAAUUGCUGGCAUUUUCAGGCUACGAUGCAUUUCUCCACGUGUCGAUGCUGUGUGCAGCAUCGACACACACUAUGAGUAUGAGUGAGACUGAGACCAAGUAAGUGGAUUAUAAACCACCGCAGUCGCUGUGCAUGUGUGUGAGAAUGUGACGACGAUGCGUGUGUGCAUGGUAAUGCCUGUCAUAAUGUGGGCAAGGCUGCUUACUUAUACAGAAGGUCUAUAUAAAAAAAAAUGUUGAGUGCAUUUGGUAUUCUGCUGACUGUGUUAAGAAAUAUUGGCACUAAUGCUUUUUUCCCCCCCCCUUUUCAUUUGAAGUGUUUUUUAGUAGAUAUGUCUUUUUUUAUUGUCUGACCUGCAAUAAUAAUAAAAAAAAGAAACAUUUUAAUGACACAAAGAGCUGAAGGCAUACGCGUUGAGAAAAAUUGACAUGCCAAAUCUUAUCAAACUGUGUGCAGUGGGAGGGGCGGGGCGGGUUGUUUACAGAUACAGUGUAAGCGUUACCGUUCGUUUUUAAUGGUUUGUUGUGUAUUUGUUUUAAAUUAAGACAGGCUUUAACACUCCUGUUCAGUGUUUUCGUUUUGAGAUUUUACAGAAGAAAAAUUUAUUUAAACAAUGAGAACAAGAUUAAUAAAGAUGAAAGUAUUGGCUUCUAA